AUGGACAAGGAAAGACAGAAGGAGCAUUUGAAAGGAAGAAAGAGGAGGGAAGUGCACGGCUCCCCAUGGCACCUCGGGCAGUACAUGGCGACUUGGACAGCGCCAGAAGAGAAGGAGAAGAACGAGAACGAGAAGAAGAGAAGACGCUUGUGUUCCUGCAAGAGACAGAACCGUACUUUCUUCGUCGUGAUGUCGUUUGGGAUUCUAUUCCUCUUGACUCUCUUGCAUCUCAUGCUCCCGCCUUUGGGUGAGGAUCGCGUCAAGCUUGUCUGGCAACCCGCGCUGGACGCCUCUGUCUUGAACCGCACGAAACAAGAGUUCUUGGUCUUCAAGGAGAACCAGUCUCUCCCGACUUUCGGGAUAACAGGAGGAAGGUAUGACAAGAAGACAGGAAAGAAGUCAGAUUGCAAUACCCGACUGGUCAAGUUCUGUAAUGGCAUGUGUAGCAAGCAUGGUUCUUCCCCACCUGAGGAGCUCAAGUCUCCUGGCCUGCUCCAGCUCCGCGGAAAUCUUUCCGAAGACUCGCAGUGCUUCCUGUGGUAUACAAACGCGAUAUGGACGAGGCCGACGGCUGGCAGAGCAGGGUUGAUGUUGUCACGUCUAGGUGCAGGCGUGGACAACAAGGCUUACUUUGCUCAAGCUGUGUCCGAGUACGUGGAGAGGAAUGGCUGCAAGUACUUCCAGUUCACACCUCCUACCCUCGACCUUGGCGAGCAGCAUGGAUGCUUUGCCUUCUUUUACAACAAUGCGAGAUAUGCCACAUCUCCCCAGGCCCUCUGGUUCCUAAAGAAGUCAAAGGGUUCGACUGGGUGCCCACGCAGCGGAGGGCUGGCAAGCUUGGAGGUGCCGGACAUGUGGACGAUAAAGGGCCACAAGUUCGAUCAUCGCAUCUACGUGCUCGUUCCGUCCAUGGAGCCCUGGACCAUCUUCUUCCGACCGGGUCACCUUCGCUUCUCAGUCUUCAAUCACACCAACGCCACUCGCACCCGCGCCAAGAAGCUCGUGUUCCUCAACGACUCCGACAACUCGGCGGCGGAGACCGACCCCUACCUCGCCACUCACGUCACCAACCCUCGAUUUGGCCUCGCCCACACCAACAAGUCCCAGGAAGUCCUUCGGCCUGUCGAGACGCUCCGCUCGGCCCUCGAGGAGGAGCUUGGGGUCACUCGCGGGCGGCAGGCGUGGAGGAAGCUGAGCCUGAGCGUGAGAAAUGCGGCACUGAGCGCCAUCUUCUCUGUGAGGUACCGCAGCUGGGGGCAGAAUUCCCCCUGGGGCUACCUCUUCAUGGCCAUGGACGUAGCCUACGACAGGCACCAGAACGCGUUCGUGCUGGACCUCAACUCAGGCCCCUCCUUCUACCACGGCAGCGAGUGGCCCGAAUGGUAUGUGCAAGACAGAAGCGCCAUGAUCCGAGAGGCAGCAGACAUCAUCCAAGAGCUCGCUUUCCGCAAGCUGGUCUCGCAGCAGGAGACCAGCUUAAACCCCCUGAACCUCACAGCCAUGCCGCUCAAGACCGCCAAGAGCUGGGAGAUGCUGUUUGCGGAAGGGGGAGGAUGGCGACAUGAGGGGAGGGAUGGGCUGAUCAAGGAGGGAGGAUGCGUCAGCCUCAGUUACCAAGACGCUCAGCCGCGUCAGCGCCAGAAGCAAGUCGAAGAAUUGAAGGUGAGAAGCCUACCAGCUGAGAUCCUGUGCUCAAGUUUCUGCAGAAAUUGA